UGAAUCUUUAUAAUGAUGAAUACAAGAAGGCAUUGGAAGAAGAUAAAGCUUUUAAUUACAAAGUGCUUGUUAAUAAAGGACUAUACAGGCGGUUGAAAAUGCUGAUUUCAAGAAAAUGGGAAAAUCGAAAAAAUCUCGAUAUUGCAGAAGACACAUUUUUUGGAGAGAUAUCAGGCAUUUUGAAGAAAGACGAAGCUAAACUUAAAUGGUUGGAAACAGCAGCAGUCACCGCA